AUGGAAGCCGCUCAAACUCGCGAGAAGCGAUGCACAACAGGACACGGCGGAGGCGAGAGCGAGGAGGAACCCACCGACGAAGAGGAGGUCCAGCGUCCUGAGCAUGGCGACGUCUCGUCAGAGGUCCGUGGCUCCCCCCCGGGCUCGCAGCAGGCCUGGCAGGCGAUGGAGCUGCACAUGCAGGCACAGGAGAAGAAGCUUUGCUCAGCUUCCAGAGCAUUGAAGCGAGCACGCUCGCAGGUCCAGCAGCUGACGGCACAGCUGAGCCUCAAGGACAUCGAGCGCGCCCGGCUGGAGACCCAGGUGGCUCAGUUCCGCACCCUCCUCGUGGAGAAGGAGCGCCGGCUUCACGGGGCCCUGGACGCACUCGACGCAGCGGGCGGAAGCGGUUCCGCCCUGGGCCCUGGAAGCGGCUCCCCGCCACUGCCGGAGGACUGCAGGGGUGCUCGAAAGCGAUGGUACGGCGAGAUGCGGGUGUUGGUCCUCCAGACCCCAAGGCUAACGUAUGUACAGACUCUCGACAUCUUGCUGCGAGAGACCCGGAAUCGUCGAGUCGAUCUGGCCGUUUUGCCAGAAUUCUCUCUGGAUCACCCUCUGCAAUGUACGAAUUACGGGGAGCUCUCUUACCACAACGUGGCCAUCAUGAUGUUGGCUCGGCUCGCGAAGCAGCGUCAAAUCUACAUCGUCCUGGGCAGCGUGGAGGAGCGGUGCGAGGCCACCCAAACGAGCGAGGAGCGCGUCUACGACACCUGCGUGACCUUUGACCCCUCGGGGGACUUUCGACAGCACCGGAAGGGCAGCGCUGCCGCGAACUUCGAGAUGGAGGGCCUGGGAGUCGUCGGGCUCCUGAUUGGAAGCGAGGUGGAGGAUCCAGAGAAGUGGUCGGAGCUCCUGAAGCUCUCCCCUUCCCCGUCGCUCCUCCUGAACCCCUGCUCCGCUCCCCUGCAGCUGGACCAGGCCCUGGCCAAGGCGCACCCAGAGUUGCAGGUGGCGGCGUGGCAUCAAGGCUUCAGGUGGAUCGAGUCCUUGGUGGCGGCGCGGCUGCGGAGCGCUGGAAGGCAGCCUGUGGCCUUCGUGCGGGUCGACGCUCCUCUGCGCCAAGGCGGUGCCGGGCAGUCGUUGUUGGUGGAAUCGCACCGAUCCAUCCUUUGCCCCGGCUGGGAUCCGUGCACCUUCGUUCUGGAGCCAACCCUCACCGUCGAGGACUUCACCUCUCGGAAGUUGCCCAAGUGGCGGGAGCUGACUACGGAGGAGAUCCUUUCCACCAAGGACCGGGAACUCCUGAAGCUGGACCGCGUGGAGACGGGUCCCCGCUACCACGUCUGGACCUUCGCGAACAACGCGGCUCUGUCGGCCUUAUCUUCUGCACGCGACUGGACGGGUCUCUGGGAUCCGGCCGAGGAAGAGGUGCCUCCGGAGCAUCUGAAGGAGGCAGAAAAGGGGUGCAUGCAGCGCCAGGCCUCGGCACUCCUGCUUCCACUCCAGAGUCCCGAGAGAUCACUCUAUGUGAUCGCCGAGAGAGGUGGCCUCAUCACUCUUUGGGACCUUCGCCAUCGCUGUGCCUGGCAGAGCUUCCGCAUGAGUGCGGAGGCAUCCCCUAGGCGGCGUUCCUUGGUUUCCGGGCGAGGAGAGGGCUCCCUCGGGCUGCGGGUUGCAGCUUUGGGGCCUGCAGGAGGAAGUCACUUCGCAGUCGCCGGGACCCUUCCAGGCGGAGCACUCCUUUUUCAGCUCUUCGAAGUUCGAAGCCUCGGUCCCCAGCGUGUGCAGCAGCUGCAACUAUCUCCGGUGGAGCUACCGUGGCAUCAGUGGCCUCGCUGGCCUUGGGAAGAUCUCCAGCGGUCGAGUGUCGGCGCCUCCAUGGAUCCUGUGGAAGUCCGAUUCCUUUGUGCUGGCCCGCAGGGCUCGACGCUUGUGGCCAUUGCUGCGGCGGAGGGCAGACCCGAAGUCGCGCUGCUGCUGGACUUGGAAGGCUCCGUGAAGGUGAUCGACUUGUACCGCGGUGGGCCGCCGCCGAGGUCCAACUGGACAGAGGAGGCGUUCUGGCCGCCCAGGCCGCCGGCCCCGCCGGCCCCGCCGCCGCCCGUCGUCGCGGAGACGAGGGCUGAGGAGACGGAGAUGGACAGGCUGGUGAUGGCCACGAGCUUUGAGGGUCAGAGCUUCCAAGAGGACAGGAACCAGACUUCGGGAUUGCUGUGUUUGUGGAGGAGCAACCGGCUAUGCAUCUUGAGCUUCUCUGACUGGAGGGUCUAUGAUCAGAUGCUGUUGGGUGACUCCGCAUCAAGGCAGACUCGAAUGGACAUACCCCUUUGCGCCGCCCUCCUCCCCAGCGAUGCUGGUAGCGGAGGCUGUAGUUUGGUGGUCUCCUAUGCCUCCAUGAUCAUACGAUGGUGGCAGGUGUCUCUACACACCAAAAUUCAGCAGGCUUGCCUGGUGCUUCACUAUCCUGUGACUCAUCUGGCCGCGCAGAGCUGUGAGAGCCCGGGCAGGGGGAGGGAGGCGAGCCACGUCGCAAGCGCCAGCGGCGCCGGCACAAGCACUGGGCGGAGCUCCAAAGCUGAGAGCCGAAACAGUCGCAGCCAGAGCCUCUCAAGUCCCUGGGACGGACCCUCGGAGCUGGCUUUGACGGAGAGCAGCGACCGCAUCCUUGUGGCAGCCAUGGACGAGACCCGGGCUGUGACGCUCUUUCUCGGCCACGGUGCAAGCAUCGAACGUGUGUACAGCGUGGACGCAACCUGGGGUAGCUCCAUCGUGGAUGGGAUCUGGAUCAUGGACACGCACUUCGCGCUCCUGCUGAGGAGUGGCGAGGUGCGGCACGUCGAGUUCGACUUCAACGGAGAGCUGAUGCAAAUUGGAGAGAUCUUCGCUCCUGACCGUGGCUGA